GGGGGCUGGGCAGGGGGAACAGGCCUUGGGGGACAGCAGAGGGGUCACCACGCACUCCCCGAGCCCUCCUGCCGUGCCCCCCGUGCAGCCAUGGCGGGGUCCCGUCUCGCUGCCCCCACGGCGGCCGAGGCCGAGCUGCUGCUGCUGCAGAGACAAGCGCUGGCCGAGGAGGAGGCGGCCAAAGCCAAGAGGGCGCUGCUCACUCGCUUCCUGCAGGAGAAGUUGUCCCGGGAGGAGCAGAGCAGCAGGUGGGGUCUGCACAGGGUGCUCACGCUCUGGCGCUCGGCCCAGCGCAAGGCCAAGGACCAGGAGCUGCGCCAGGACAUCGAGACCCUCAGCCAGACCUUCACUCGGGUCAUGGACUGCAAGGACAGCGCCAUUGAGGCGCUGGUGACGGAGCUGCAGGAAGCGGAGGAGCAGCAGAACCGAGCCCUGUGCAGCCACCUGGACCUCACAGACCAGCUCCUGCACCUCCAGCGCUGCCGCCUGGCCUGCCUGGAGCAGGGCUUCAGCGCCCAGGUGGGCGCCCUGAAGGCCGAGUUUGAGGCUGAGAGAAAGGCCAUGCUGCAGCAGCAGGACUGGGAAAGCCGGGUCCUGCAGGACAUGGCGCUGGCCAUGGAGCAGGACCACGACAGGAACGAGCAGGAGGCUUUGCUGAACUUCCAGAGCGCCCGGGACGACAUCAAAAACAAGUGCUGGCAGGAUCAGCACUACAGCAAGCUGCAGCUGGUGGCCAGGCUGGAGGGGCUGUGGGAGCAGAUCCAGACAGCACGGAGGAGCUACAGCCAGGCCACGGAGAAGAAGAAGGUGGAGUUUGAGGAGCUCAAGAGGAAGUGUGAGAGGACUUCCUGCGAGAUUAACGCCCAGGCGAAGAAGCUGGAGAAGCUCCAGGUUUUGGCAGGGCGCUGGGUGGUCCUGGGAGUGGGGUCACCCUCGUUUCCCUCACUCAUUUUUCCAUGGAAUCAUGGAAUUGUUGAGGUUGGGAAAGGCUCUGAGAGCCGUAAAGCCCAACGUGGCACGGGCAAGGAGGUGACAACAGGCCAGGCUAAGCAGGGGCCCCCCAAAAGUUUGUGGGGGAGUGCCUGAGCCAUGGAAUCAUGGAAUUAUUGAGGUUGGA